AUGACUUUAUGGAUAGUGCUACCACAAUUACCUUUGAUGUAUUGGGGAGAAAAAAUUAUAGGGGAAAUUGCUAGUGCCAUCAGAAACCCCUUGAUGACAAAUGAAUGUACUGCUAAGAAGCUAAGGGUUUCAUAUGCUAGAGUGCUAGUAGAAGUGGUUGUAUCUGCUGAAUUAAAAGAGGAGAUCACUAUCAGGGAUCUUAAAGGAAACAAAAUGGUCCAGAAGAUGGAAUAUGAAUGGAAACCACCUUUUUGCAAAACUUGCAACAAGGUUUUUCAUGACUGUGAAACCAAACCUAGACAAAAAGCUGCAACCAAACAAGUGUGGACAAGGAAGCAAAAACCUGAGGAAAUGCAGCCUAUGCAGAUAGAAAGAACUGGGGGGAAUAAAGAGGAAACACAAGGAGAAGAAGUAGUGCAAGACAAAACCACUUGUACAAUAGUGUAA